UAAAUUAAUAAAGUAAAAUAGUUAAUAAGUCAUUGAAUUGAGCCAUAUUUUUAGCCCAUUAGCGAUGGGGGCGUCCAACAACACCACGAAAUGUGCCCUCUACCUGUCCGUGUUCUCCGUUCUCCUGUUUGUCAUCGCGUUUUCCACGCCCUAUUGGCUAGUGACUGAUGGCCGUUUACAAAACCCACGAUUUACGAACCUGGGUCUCUGGGAGGUUUGCUUCCAGCAGUUCCAGGACAUACACAGAUUCUACGACAACCGCUUCAACGGAUGCAUGUGGGUCUUUGAAGAGGAGUACUACAUCAUACACGACUUUCUGCUGCCCGGAUUCUACAUAGCCGUUCAGUUCUUCGCCACACUGUGCCUGGUCAUGUGCAUCAUCAUAGUGCCACUCACUAUAGCCUUUCUUCGCACCUCUCGCUCUGAUGAUCGGUAUAUGGUGCUGCUGCUGGCCAUCGGAUCCUGCCAGGUUGUGGGCUCAGUUCUCGGAUUCAUUGCCGUUGUGAUUUUCGGCGCUAAAGGAGAUUCCCGCGACUGGAUGCCCGGCUGGCAGAACAACGACAUGGGCUGGUCAUUUGCCUUGGGCGUGGUUGGAGCUGUGCUCCUCAUGCCGGCCGGAGUACUCAACAUGGUGGAGGCACGGCGCGAAAGGUACAAGCGACUGAACGAGAUUAGCAACCGGGAGGUCAGUGAAUACGGAGACGACUACUAUCAGGAACAGGCAAAGGAGGCAGCUAUGCCGUCUACUUCGGCGCAAUCCUAUUUUGCACCUGAACCCAGUCGUCCACGGCGUCCUCAACCAGGAGUUACUCCAACUGCGCCUCCACAUGGAGGAAUUCAAACAGAUAUAUAACACUAAGAAGCCUA